CUCAGCUUCACUUGUGCUAUUGAGUAAGACCAGUGUUGCUUCCUGCAUGUAUUGUUUUCUACCCUCUGGUACGGUUUCGAGAGUAAUGUGAUUGUUUAAAGCUGUGCGUUCACUGUUGGACUGUCAUCUUUACCCUAAAGUCAAGCUACAGUGAAUUUUAGCAGUGCAUUUGAAAAGUUAAAAAGAAGCAAGAUGUUUUCACCCUCCGUAUUUCACACUAUGUCGCCAAUAACGGAACAUCUGUAUCUGAGUAGUGGUGCUGCUGCCAGCAGUGCUAACAAUUUACAUCUGAAAGGUAUAACAUGUGUUGUGAAUGCUACCAUGACUGUUGAGAAACCACGUGGAACCCUAAGCCAUAUACGAUACAUACACAUACAUGUGGAUGAUGCACCACAUGCACAACUACAGCCUUAUUUUGACAUUGUCGCAGAUAUGAUAAAACAAGAAAAGUUACGAGGUGGAAGGACAUUAGUUCAUUGCGUCGCUGGCGUCAGCAGAUCAGCUAGUCUAUGUAUGGCGUACCUAAUGAAACAUGAGCAUCUAACAUUGAAGGAUGCACAUGAUUACAUUAAAGCGAGACGCUGUGUUAUUCGCCCAAACCUUGGGUUUUGGAGGCAGCUCGUGAACUAUGAAUAUCGGUUAUUCGGUAAAAACAGCGUUACUAUGAUUCCGUCCAAUAUAGGAUGGAUUCCCAGCAUCUAUGAGAAGGAGACUAGAAAUAUGAGGUGGUAGUCAUGACGAUUAUACCUAUUUGAUAAGGUUACUU